GUAAAUUUUCCCAUCAAUUCUUAUCAAUUGCUAUCAACAUAAUGAGUCAAUUAUUGGUCAAAACUGUAGUAUAGACAUAAUAUCCACUCAAUCAAACUUAUCGGACACACUCGCUAUAAACAAUGAACCGGUUGCCGGUCCCUCUACUACUGAUCCCUUCCAACCAAAUAUUUCAUUCACGUAUGAAUCGCCGAAAAGUUUCGAUUCAGAGACUAAUAACAAUUGUGAAGACAUUGAAAUGACGACCACUCAGCCAGUGAUAGGGGAUAUGAAACCAAUUCUAGACAUCCCAUCAUCACAACCAUUAGAUAAUAAUGAAUGCGGUGUUUGCGGCGCCAAUAACCGUAAUAAGGAUCCUAAGGGCAAACCAAUAAAACUUGGUAAGUAUUAUGGCAAAUCCACGUGCCGAAGAGACGGUCGAUGGUUUAUGGAUAAUCAUGAUUUACAG